CAUUGGUCAAGAAUCUAAAAGACGAUUUUGCACGUGACACGUGAUUAAUCGCUAAAUUAAAAAUUAAAAAUUGCAAUUUGUCAAGCAACUUUUUGUUCUCGAAGGUCCAUCUUGUUUCCCACUCUGACUUGAUAACAGCUGAAGCGCUGAUACGAUACACGCCAGCUCGUCAAGCAUUGCUAUCCUUUGUUUUCUUACAGAGUCAGUCAGCGUAAAUUCGAAAAGAGCAGGAAACUUGACUCCAUAGUCAACAUGACCCAAAUAUACCGUCGAAAAAUUUCUGUCGAGGCUUUUCCUUCCGUCACCCUCAACAACCUUCCGAAUGAACUUCUGCUUCUCAUUUUCCAGGACCUCGAUCCUUCUAGCCUCAUUAGCGUCUCCUGCUUGUGUCGGCGAAUCAAUGCUGUAGCCCUGACACACCUCCUCUUCCCCAAGAUGGACUACAGUGAUGCCCUGGUCCAGCUUCGCGCCAACAGUCUCAGUUUCGGCCUCUCCACUGGUUUGCCGUUCGACAGCAUUGCCGGUGUCCGGCUCUCUUUCUCCAUGAAGCACCCCAUAGAGUUCUUCUCCUGCCACUUCUCUACUACAGACUGUAUUAGAGAAAUGGAGCAGGUCGAAAGACUUUUUGAAACGGGGAGGGUCAUGGAGUGCGUCGAUUUUCGGUUCCCCCGAGGGUCAUUGUUCUUCCCAGAUGAGGACGCGUCUCCACCUGGAUGCGAUGUAAACAGUCCGGCAGUCGACCGCCUUUUUCGGCACCUACAUCGUACGAAAUGCCGUUCGUUUGGGACGUAUGACGUCCUGCCAGUCAAAUACGACGACGAAGCCAGGUUUGGCGGCCCAGUCAUCAGCACACUCAAAUUCAUUACCAUCUCUCGUUCCCCAUUCUUGCUCACCGACUUUUUCCGCGAGUGGACCAUCAGUACGAUGAAUCUGUCUCCUCUCAGGGAUGUCACACUGGAAGACGUCGACAUCGAAACGUUGUUGCCCUUACUUUCCUUACCCUCUCUCCAAAAACUCGACAUACGGUGCCUCGAUCUCCCAUUGAGUGACAUUACACCUUUCCUCGCACGCCACCCCACGAUUGAAAGCUUGAUGCUCCGCGUUUUCUUCGACGACGCAUAUCUCCCUCCUGUUACUCUCUUCCCCUGGAUCCAUGCCUCAACUUCAAAGUGUAACCUGCUACAUCUCAACGUCGUUCAUGCCUCCAUCACCCUUACCUACCGACGCGAUACAGACACUCUUCCAAAACGUUGCCCUACAUGGCACCGUCACCACCCUCGACGUACCCCUCUCGGACCUGAACACCUCAGAGGAAUGGCUGAGCAUGAAUCCGAGAUUUGAGCCCCUCCUUACAGCGGUCGACAGCUUGUACGUCACUUUGUCGAUGAAUGUGAGAGACGAGAGUACGGUGAAACAGCGGAUGAUAGAGUCGAUCGUGCUGUUUCCAAAGUUGAAGACUCUGACGUUGUUUGGGUGGGCGCAGUGCGAAGAGUUUGCCAGUAAUAUAAAGGCGGCCUAUCCUGGUCUCCAGAGGAUCUUUUCAGGCCUUACGGAU